AUGGAGGACAUAACGAAGAAGAAAAAAAAAAAAAAAAAAAAAACCAAAGUAACCGUCGAGACUUUCCAAAAGGAACACACCUGUGUGUUGCAAAAAAAAAAAACAGAUGUGUACAUAACGUCAGGGAAACCAAUAAAAAUUUACUAUGACCGAGUCAUUAAGGUUCUUAAUAGUGGUAUCAAGCAAGUGGAAAUGGUCAUUGAUGGAGACAACAAACAGGUACACAAUGCGUAUAAGCCAUCCGGGGAAGAUCAAGUGUCCAUUUAUGCCGUUGGGACAAACAUCCUCAGAGCAUCUUACAUCCUUCAGGACGUUAUAAAUUUUUAUUCUACUUUUAUAAAGAAGGUACAAGAAAUGGCCACCAAGAAAGAAAAGAAGCCAAAGUUUGCUGAUGUUUUUUCUUUCAUUAACAUUCAUGUUGAAAGCAAAACGCUACACAUGAAUGAUACCGUCAUAUCUAACACGUAUACGGUGAAGGAGGAGUUCCUGCAGGACGACUACGAUGCUGUGAUUGCGUUUGCGAGGCAGCCUUAUGACCCCUCUUUGCACAAGUACAGGGAGAGGACCAAGCAGCGAAGAGUUACCGGAGUCGUCAUCACGAUAAAGAAAAACCCCACAGUGUUGUAG